AUAUAUAAGAUAAGACACGGAUUAAAUAAUUUGGCGCAAAGGCUGAUCGGGCCGAAUAGCAUCACUCAGGGAGCUCUGCCGCACAUCCUUCAGAAUACUCCGAAACAUUUCUUUGAAUCCACGAAACAGUUUCUAUAUGAAAACGCGAUGCUAGCCUUUAAAGCUCUGAGCCAAAUGCCUGGCCUCCAGCCUAUAAUGCCUUCGGGUGCGAUGUACCUAAUGGUUCGGGUAGAUAUGAACCAUUUCCCACAGUUUGAGUCGGACUUACAUUUGGUGGAAGCGCUGGUGGCGGAAGAAUCGGUAUUUUGUUUGCCCGGAAAAUGUUUCCAAUAUCCCGGAUAUGUU